CUCUAUUGGCGUCGAAGCGGCUAGGCAGCAGCGCGAAGGCGUAGACGGAGACCAUGAGGUAGACAAGGAGAUCGACAUCGAGGGACCAAACGACGAGGAAGAGGAGGGAAAUGUUGGAGAGCUCUCGCUAACUCUUCCGUCUGACUCAGCCAGCGAGGGGCUGUCUAGUGACCUGUCGCUCCCGCACUCGUUCGGACACUACGACCAGCUACCCACAGGACGCGGCAUCUCUCGCUUUGAUGAUCAUUUAACAGCAUUGUCACCCGGUCAAGUACCUUCUGGUAGGACUAACAGACUGCAACAGUCUCCACAGCGAGUAGCUACCAUGGGGGCCAAUAGCGCGUCAUCGGAGGCUGUUAUGAAGCAGUUCUAUGAGAUCCAAGUCGAGAAUGUUAGGACGCAGCUGACGUUGAGUGUACAAGCACAGAAGGAGCUGGAGAAAGUGCUGCAACAAGAACGAGCUGCAUGGCAGGCCAAAAAGGCCGAAAUGGAGGAACGAAAUGGGCUUGAGAAGGAGCUGAAGCAAGCUCGAACGGACCUAAUGGCUGCACAAACGCGACUUAGGAUGGAUAAAACCCACAUUGCCAGUCUCGAACGCUGUCGACAGGAGGUGGAAACUCUGCGAAAGAUAAGCAGUACAGAUAAAGCCGCCGCUGCUGGUGCGUCAGAUGAGAUUGCGCGAUUGCAGCGUAUCGCUGAGGCGAAAGAGAGGAGGCUGCAGCACGAGUUCGAGCUGUCCGAGGCAACCCGACUGGAGCUGGAGAACCAAAUCAAAGCGUUGGUUGACCAGAUUGACGGAAUAAAGGAAGAACAGCGGCAUAACGAGGCGAUCUACAGCGAUCGAAGAGUUUUCCAGAAGGAGUCUGAACGUCUGAAGCGAGAUUUGCAAGUGCUACAGCGUGAGCACGACGAUCUCCAGUCGAGUUUCGAUGAAGUCUCAGCUAGCGACAGCGGUUUACACCAGAAGAUUGCGCUCUUGACAGCCGAUAAAGCGUUCCUACAGGACGCCAAGACGCAGCUGGAAGAUCAAGUGGCAAAACUGUACAUAUUACAACAGGAAAUGCAGGCGAAAGUGAAGUCGCUGCGGGAAAAACAUGAUGGUAAUCUCAGUCAAAAUGUGCAGCUACAGAACGAGACGAGACUGCAUUUUGAAAAGAAACUAGACGACGAAAUUGCCAAAUUCAUGGAGUUAUCGAGACGGGAGAUCGAGCGGAUCCGCAAUGACGGCCAAGUGGUCUACGAGCGUGAGAAUCGACUGUUGAAAGUAGCCCGCGAUGACGCUCUGAAGCAUGUGGAUCUGCUUCAAGCGCGCUUGGAUAGCGUGCAAUCUGUGCUCGAUGAAAAGGAACGUUGUCAUAGGAUAGAGCGACUCGGUUGGAGAGUACGCACACGGCAGCAAUGGCUACAGCUCAUAACGAGCUCAAGAUGA